GGACGGGCCAACGAUGCAGGUUCGUCAUUGCACUUCGGCAACCCAUGCCGCCCUCCCUUCCCUUUGGCCGUCGUUGUAGUCAACCACUUUUGUUAAAACGAAAACAAAAUGGCGUCUUUCCAGGUUGGUCCCGUCGAGACCAUCGUCGGGUUAGCUCGCUCAACAAUUGCCCGCCGGCCGACCUCGAUCUGCCCUGGCUGCCGCCGCAUCUCCAACUGCACCGCAUCUCGCCGAGCGCAGCCGACUGCCCGGCGCGUCCCCGGUCGCCGUCCCUUCUCGCAGCAGUCGCGCCGGCCCGGCGCCUCUUCCAAGGUGCAGGACUCCAGGAUCCGCUGGUAUCCCAUCCCCGUCGGUCUCGGCGUUGGGUUUCUGGGGCUGGUGCAGUUCUACAAGGUCUACACGCGCGAGCAGGAGAAGCAGGCCCAAGAUGAGCUCGAGCAACGGCCAAAAAGAAGACGGCGGGUUCGGCCCGAGGGGCCUUGGCAGGUGCAAAUCAUGUCGACUCUCCCCCUGAAGGCCAUGUCCCGGUUAUGGGGCAGACUCAACGAGCUGACCCUGCCGACCUUCCUCCGCGUUCCCGGCUUCCGGCUAUACUCGUUCAUCUUCGGCGUCAACCUAGACGAGAUCGAAGAGACGGACUUGCGCAAGUUCCCGAACCUGGCUGCCUUCUUCUACCGCACCUUGAAGCCCGGCGCACGACCGCUGGAUAUGGACCCCAACGCUCUCUUGUCGCCAGCCGACGGGCGGAUCCUGCAGUUCGGGCAGAUCGAAGGCGGCGACAUUGAGCAGGUGAAGGGCAUGACGUACACCAUUGAUGCGCUGCUCGGCCAAAACAGCCCGACCCCGAGCAUCUCGAGCCAGACUCCGCUCGACCAGCCUCCGAAGCCGAGCCUGCAUGAGCUAGAAGGCGACGAAGAGCUCGUCAAACAGGAAGCGGAAUUCGCACGCGUCAACGGCAUCUCCUACACGCUCCCGUACCUCCUCUCAGGGCCCACCAAGAGGCGCAAGAGCAGCCUCGACCAGCCCAAAGACGAGUCUGUGACGCCCUCGGCCGCCGCCGUCUCCGAAGUCCGGGCCGAGCUCGCGCUCGGCGAGCCGUCCUGGCUCCAUUACCUCUCCCCGGGCAGCCGCCACGUGCUGUACUACGCCGUGAUCUACCUCGCGCCGGGCGACUACCACCGGUUCCACUCGCCGACGAACUGGGUGGUCGAGCGGCGGCGCCACUUCGCCGGCGAGCUGUACAGCGUGUCGCCGUACCUGCAGCGCACGCUGCCGGGCCUCUUCACGCUCAACGAGCGGGUCGUGCUGCUCGGCCGCUGGCGCUGGGGCUUCUUCAGCUACGUGCCGGUCGGCGCCACCAACGUCGGCUCCAUCAAGAUCAACUUCGACCGCGAGCUGCGCACCAACAGCCUGACCACCGACACCGCGGCCGACAGGGCCGCCGAGGAGGCGGCCAGGCGCGGCGAGCCGUACCUGGGCUAUGUCGAGGCAACGUACGAGGGUGCGAGCGCCGUGCUGAGGGGCCACGCGCUCCGCAGGGGCGAGGAGAUGGGCGGCUUCCAGCUGGGGAGCACGAUUGUGCUGGUGUUUGAGGCGCCGUCGGCGGAGCACGAUGAGGCCGGGCGACAUACGGGCGGGUGGCAGUGGUGUGUAGAGAAGGGGCAGAGAGUCAAGGUGGGACAGGCGUUGGGGCGUAUCGAUGCUUGAUCUGGCCGUCAGAGUGAUUUAUCUCUGUCGUGUACCAAAAUUCUGUUUGGGUAAUGGUUGUAAUGCGCGAAACUUAGACAUUAAACCUGUUGUGGCUGUUGUUGUGGCCGUUAGAAUACUAUAUAAGAAGUUCAACCAACCAGGCGGCAUGCA